UUUUUUGGAAAUAUAAACUAAAUUGAAGUGUUUGGUUUACAGUGAACGGCGGACUAGUGCGAUGCUGGUGUGUGCUAAUACUCAAAAGAGCAUCAAGUGAAAGAGACAGUAAACGAGAAUGCCUUAAACUGUGGGCCGUAGCAACGGUUUCAAGUGAGGAAACAUUAGGGAAACAUUAAAUGCCAAUUAAAAAAGCGCACGCGCGCAUAAAAAUGCAACAUUAGAGCCAAGACGAAAACUUGAGCCUUAAAUUAAGCGGAAACAGCUGGGGGAAAAGUGAUUAUACGUGACACAGUGUCUAGAAAUUGCAUUCGUAGCCGCACAAACCGAAUCGAAGUAUUUCCGAAUAACGAAACGCAGCAGACAGCCCCGCCAGAAGAAAUUAUAUAAAAUUUUAAUUAGGAAACGAGCCAUGCGAGCCUCCAUUCCGCCCGGCAUACGUGUAGUUCGCGGACCCAAUUGGAUAUGGUCGAAUCAAGACGACGGAGAAGGUCACGUUGGGACCGUUUGCGAAAUUGGCCGUUGCGGAUCCUCACAUUCACCAGAGAACACCGUUGUCGUCAACUGGGAUUCGGGACAUCGCACCAACUACCGUGUGGGCUAUCAGAGUCAAUACGAUUUGAUAAUUGUGGAUAACGCUCAAGUUGGCGUUCGUCAUUCAAACGUCGUCUGCGAUGGCUGCUCGAAGGCCGGCAUAGCGGGCAUUGUCUUCAAGUGUGCGCAGUGUGCCAAUUAUCAUCUGUGUGCCUUUUGCUACGCCGAGGAUCUGCACGAUCUGGAGCAUCCCUUUAUCAGAUAUACCACGCCCAAUUCCCUGGGCGUACGUGUGCCAACGCGCAAGGGGUCGAAGCGCAUUCAAUUGCGUGGAAUUUUCGUUGGCUCGAAGGUUGUGCGCGGCCCGGACUGGGAGUGGAACGACCAGGACGGCGGCGAGGGCAGGACGGGUCGUGUUAUGGAAAUCCGUGGCUGGGACAACGAAUCCUGUCGCAGUGUAGCCAACGUUUCGUGGGUAACGGGCUCAACGAACGUCUAUCGUCUGGGGCACAAGGGCAACGUCGACCUCAAGUACAUAUCGGCCACUGGCGGCGGCCACUACUACAAGGAUCACAUGCCAGUGCUGGGCCAGCCGGAGGAGCAGCAACCGGUGGCGCCGAUGGUGAAGCCAAGCUUCUCUGUGGGCGAUCGGGUCAAGGUUUGCCUGGAGGUAGAUGCCCUCAUGAAACUACAGCAGGGCCACGGCGGUUGGAAUCCGCGAAUGGUCGAGCAUCUGGCCAAGCUGGGAACAGUCCAUAGGAUCACCGAUAAAGGAGAUAUACGGGUGCAAUAUGAAAACUGUCCCAAUCGAUGGACCUUCCAUCCCGCUGCACUCGUAAAAGUUGUCUCCUUUCGUGUGGGGGAUCUGGUGACCAUCAUCAACGAUGCCAACAAGGUCCAACAGCUGCAGAAAGGUCAUGGCGAAUGGAUUGAUAUUAUGCGAUAUGCUUUAGGUAAAAUCUGCAAAGUGGUGAAAGUCUACUCGGAUGGGGAUCUGCGCAUUCAGCAGCUGGAUGAUGGCUUCAGCUCCUGGAGUGCUCUCAUGAUAUUCGCCUGUAGCUCCUCUUCCAAGCACAUGAUCUCGGUUAUGUACGAUUGCUUUUUGGCACAGUUGACCGCACAGCCCAAGACCAGCUGGAGCAAACGCUCCAGCUCGACCAGGUCGCAUUUCUCGGCAAUGCGCUGCACAUCGGGCUUCACAAAGUCGCUGAGGGUGUAGUUAAGGACCUCGCUGUAGUAGUCGUAGAGCGAUUGUGUGACUUUCUUUAGAUUACUCAUACGCAAACGCCAGUUGAUGCCCACGGCACUGGCUUUGAUUUUCGCCAGCCACGAGUCUGUGAAAGAUUCGGGGGCGAAUUGAUUCAGCGCCUGGGCCACGGCUACACCGUCUGCCAGUGAUUCAGCAUCUGCGUGGGGUGCAUUCAAAUUGAGGGUUUUAAACCACUCGAGCAGGCUGUAAUACAUUUCGUUCUUUGCAGCGGACAUAUUACGUGUCUGAAAUCGACGUCCAACGGAACAAAACAAACGAAAAUAAAUAUAGAAAAUUUCACAAAAACCA